AUGGCUGAGAACCGACAAAGCGUGCAAGACGGGAGUCAGCGUUUUGACGUGGUUCAGCAACCUCGUCGCUUUGCUUGUGAUCGAUGUCGAAUGCAAAAAGUACGGUGCGAAAGGGACGUUUGGAGGCCCUACCUCAUGCCGUGUAGGCGCUGUUGCAAAGCAGGCGUGGUUUGCAUGAUCACUUCAACUGUCAACCGUUCCAUCCCGAAGCGGUCAAAGCAGAGAGUCAAGCCAGCUGUAGCAGCAGGGACCAAGGUUCGCGAUUCCCUGAACGGACCGGAGGCAACGGGUUGCUCCUCUAAAUUACCUGGACAAAAGUCUGAGAAAUCUUCAUCCUUUGUGGGCAGUGAUUUAUGGAAUACCCCGGACCAAGAAGUCUCUACUGGACCUUCGUCGAUGCAGAGGAUGUUGAUAGAUCCAUCGAACACCCCCGCAAAGCCUGAUUACAUCCUUGAUGAAGACUCUCAGCAGAGCCUCGAUUUGGGGGGCGUGAACAUAGCUCUCUUUUCGGGGCUAAUCACGCCUCCAUCCUCGGAUGCAGAGCGUGAACAUCAGACACCUUAUUCGAGUUCCAACCUUCCCUCCCAUUCACAGGGAUGGGAGAACCUUGCAGACUCUCGUGAAAAAAUUCAAAACAGUGGUAUGCAUCACGUUGAAUAUGGAACUAAUAAACCAUGUUCAACCAACAUGUAUGACGAUAAGCAAAUUCUGGAGCAUGACUGUUGUGGAAAAUUCUUUGAAUUGAAUCUCCGGUUAAUGGAGUGCCAACGGAUUGUUUCCCAGGAACUCGCAGUGCUGCAGUCUUCAAAGCCAGCGAUGUCCACGGCGAACUACGACGCGAACUACGACAGCUCGACUGCUCUGGAUUCUGCAGUACGGACUGCGCGGAGAUUUUCGGAGCAAUUUAUACACUUUCUCACACUCUCUACCCGCACGAGAGUCUUCCAAUCUCCAUCUCAGGCUUUCCCUGCGUCGGAUACGACGAAGACGGCUGCUCCUCAGAUGUCAAAUGCAGCUCAAGAAUUCAAUCAGGAUUAUCCUCAGCACCAUGCGUCUUUUCCGUUAUCUUUUGAUGAGUGUGGGUCAAGUCAAAGAGCAACCAUUGUCCCAUUACACCCACAAGAUGCACGAGCUGACGGCUACGAGCCGCGAAGUGGUCCCAAUAAUGUGGACAUAUCCACGAUACUUGUCCUUAUAAACUGUUAUAUUUGCCUUGUCGGGGUCUAUCACGCCAUAUUUGCACGCAUCUUGCAGGAUCUGGAUACAUGUGUCUCACCAACGUUGCCAGGGUCGUUUCCGACUUUCGCAGUUAAUACUAUGGACCCAAGCCGGGAAUUGCGGUUACAAGCUCUCUUUCACGAGAGCAUGCAUAUGCUGAUUCAGAUCGAAGCUCGCCUGGGUCUGCCCGAACGACACCGCAUCUUCGUAAUGCACGGAUUUGAAAACGGGGUUCUUUCAACCCCCGUUGCGGUGGCCCUUUUGGAUGCUCUUUCCAGUCAAGGGUAUGGCGUAUAUGGGAAUGACCCAGGAAGUGGGAAAAGGUCGUUGAAGGAAAUAAUUGAGAUCAUAACCCAAUUCUUAAAACCGGUCUAG